AAAUACAAAUAUUUUGGAAAGCAAUCUAAAAAUAAAAAUUAUUGCUGGCAAAAAACUGCAUAAGACUUCAAUUCAAGUACUAUAGGCUGUGUAAGUACCAAGUAUGUAUAAACUAAACAAAAUAUACAUUGUUUUGAAUAACAGGGUAAUUGGAAACCUAACUUAUAUUUUAGUCCAGAGAUGCCACAAGUUUACGCUUAAAAUAUGAAAUAUACUUUUUCGUCGUAUAAAUUAUUAUUUGGUAGAAAAUAUAUUGUAAUAACUAUUUAAUAAGUUAUUCUGCACUUUAUUCAUCAAAUAGCUUUACUAAUUUACUCCGACAUGAAAAACCGAAAAUUAUCAAUUUUUUCUUAACUCGUGCUAUCGACGAAUAAAUGCGAUUGAAAAACUGGGCCAUAAUGAAAUGAAUGAACUUGAGAGUUGACUCAAUGAGUUGAUGAUUCGUGAUAAGGAGAACUGUUUAAUUUAAUGAACUGGCAACUUAAGAAUUGACUCACCAAAUCAACUCUUCAAAAUGAACUGAUUCAUGGUAUUGAGUUGAAAAUCUCAUCACUAACAACUAAUAAAACGUUCUACACUACAAUACUAUUUUAAAAUAAGAUUACAUCAUUAUAACAUUACUAUUAGCCAACCGCAUCAAAGAAUACGACCAUCUCUCACUAAAAUUAUUCACUUUAAGAACCAGUAAAAAUUCAACUUAAUAAUAUUAAAUUUGAUACUUGUACAGUAUGAUCAUAUUAAUAAUUAAAUGAGUUAUUACAAUUAUAUAUAUAGACGUUUUAAACUAACAAUAAAAAUAAAAAAGUCAACUAUGAAAAUAUAUUAGAUAUAAUAUUAUGAUUAAUGAUAUUAACACCAUUAAAAUAAAUUAUGUUUCCAUAGUAAUUUAUCAAAAUUCAAAAUUAAAAUAUAAACGAAAUUUAUGUUUUGGUUUCUAACACCCAACAUUAUUUUGAUUUCCAAUUUUCCAAACAUAAUUUAGGUCUAUUAUUAUUUCAUAGAUCUGUGACAAGUAAUAGUUUGCUAAAAUAAUGACUUAUCAUGAAAUACUAUAUUAAUAAUAUAUUUUUUUCCAUGACUGUCUGAUAAUAGGCUAUGUUAUUGUACAUAGUACAAGUGCAACACCGUAUAUAUAUAAUGACAAAACUGAUGUGAUUAUACUGUACACCACAGUCUGAUCGAUUAUUACCUCAGUUACUCUAUAGACAAGGCCAGUGUAUGGUAUAACCCAUUAAUAAUAAUAAUAUAUUAUCUAUAUUAAAAUUAUUUAUCUUAAUAAGGAAAUAAGGUAUGUUCUCUGUUCUUUAAGCUACACUGAAUAAUAAAAAAAGAUAAAAAUAAUAAUAAAAUAAAAAAAAGGUUGAAAACUGUCAACUGAACUCCAGGUGUAUAAAACCAGGCGAUGAUUUUUUUUUUUUGUUUGUUUAUGUAACGAAAAACCCAAUGAUAAAAAAUAUUUGACCAUCUCUAAUACUCGUUCUACAUAUAUGCAUAGGCUAACAUGACGGAGAGAGAAACGAUGGUUCUCUAUUUCUGUGCGAUAGGGAAUGUAGUAAAAUUCAGGCAAGAUACUAGCGAGUGGGAGAGAGCGGUUAAGGGUAGUAUCAAUUAUGUUAGCUAACAGAUUUUUAUGGAAUGCCUUAUGUUUAAUUACGAAUUAUACGUAUAUCUUAAUUUAUGUGUUUAAUAUCUAUGAUUUUAAACGACAAAUGUAGGUAGCAUAGACCUAUUAACAAAGUUGUUAAUAUGGUAGGUAGGUAGGUAUUUACUAUUUAUAGUUUGUCCCACAAGAGAUCAGGCCGCUUCUGCGCAUAUAUAACGUUAAAACUGACUUUGAGUAUCGACAGGCGGGUAAUUGACGGGCAUAGUAGUGGCGUGGGGAUGGGCGUCAGCAACUGGUUUUGGUUGAUAAGUAGCCCGAUCUCUCGUGGGACAGACUAUAGUUUAAAUGGUAUUUUUAGUUUUUGAUAUUUGGCAACAUUGGAAACCUUGGGAUUUAUGAUCUGUUUUUAUCAACUCUAUCUAGUCUAUCAUUAUAACUUGUAAUCAACUUGAAAAUAGAAAUUUCCCUUGCUCAUUCAAAAAUUUAUUUUAAUAUUUCAAAAACAAAUGUCUUAAGAAAUGUUAGGUUUCAGUCUUAUUUUUACAACUGUUAAACUUAAUAUUCUCAAAUGAUUGAAUGUGUUCACGAAAGAAAAAACAAUAUGUUUUGCUCUAGCACUAAGCUAGAUGUUGAUCUUGUCGGUAAGACUUAUAUUUUUAUAACAUCAUUUAUUUUUUAAAUAAUACUAUAUAUUUUUCAUUUGAAUAUAAACUGUUCAAUAUAUAAAACAAAUUCAUGUAUUUAAAAAUAUUUAUUUUUAUAGCUUAGGUCAAUUUGUUACUAUAAGGUAUAUAUAUAUAUAUAAAUUUUCUUUCAUAUGACCAUCGUAAUUGGUUAACUUUUAUUGAAAUUAAAACUACAAAAAAAAAAAUAGUUUUAUUAAGUUUUAUUUUUUUAUAAAACUUAAUAGCAGGGUAUAAAUAACUUAAUCAUAUGGUAUUAACAUGCAUUAACAAAAAAAAAAAAAUACAAAUAAUAUUCUAAACAUGUGAUCAUUAACAAUGCCAGCAGGGACUCUUAAACAUUAGGUGAAGUUAAACUUGAAAUUAUUGUUUGUAUAAUGUCCUAUAUACUUAAGAUAACAGUUUUAUUCCUAGGUUUGUCAACCAUCUCAGAGCAUCUGGGCUCUCUUUAUGUAGCUGUUCGGUACCACCGAUAAAUUUUGUUGUUGGGCACUCAUCAAUUAUAUGUUGAAUCGACUGUACUUUACCACAGGUGCAUAGCGAGGAUUCAGUCAUACUCCAUUUAUGCAGUAACUCGUUGCAUCAAACAAAUAACAACUAAUUAUAAUAUUCAUCACAAUAUUUGAUACAUUUGUGUGUUUAUUCAUAAAUGUGAUUGUUUUUUGGGAAAUGAUAAUAUAGCCGGAAGAUGUUUUGAAUCAAUUAGCAGUAAAACAUGAAAAAUAUGUUUGCUGUAAAUUAACAAUGAAAUAUUUUAAUACUCAAAUGUAGUAUAUGUAUACCUAUCAAUUGAUUCAUUUUAUUUUUUCGAUUUAUACCACUGAAUCUGGUGCUUAAAUGUCUCAAUAAGAGUACCUAUACCAAAACAUUGACUGAAAACAUAAAAAAAGAAACUGUCCUAGGAUAAGGGGAACAGGUGCAGCCAUUGUUAUAUGUGAGAAGUUGGGAAGGUAGUAGAGGGGAAAUGUUAUGUAUAUCUGUAAGGAACAAUAAACCAUUACUAACUAAAAAAAAAAAAAGAUUCUGAGCGAAGUUCAGUUGAUAAUUUUGCUUUGUCAACAAUAUAUGUCAUAUUAUGGUAAAAUAAUUACAUAUGCAUUAUUUAUAUAUUUUCUUUAAUAUUGUACCUAUUUUCCUGUUUUUCCCAUAUUUUUUCUUGGUUUUUCCAAUUUAUUGGGUAAAUCAAAAAAAUGAUCUCUUUAAAAUGCCUCUCCAAUCAGAUUUUCUUUUAGAAAAACUGUUAUCGUUGUAAAUCGAAUUAAAAUUUCUAGUAGAAAAGGGGUUUACCGACAAAAAAAAAAUAAACGUCAUUGUAAAACCAAUACAUUCUUUGUUCCAUACUGAAUCUGAAACUGUAAUAAUAGUAUAAUUCAUACUUCAAACCCCCUUCCUCAUUACAUAAUCCUGGCUAUGCCACUGGUGCUUUUUGAAUCCUUUUUAAAGUAUAUAUUCCUGAAAAAUUGAGAAUGAGUGCACAAAACCAAACAGUAUCAACCCGACAGUCAGACAUCCUUGGACCACCCUGCCCAUCAUCAAAAAGUCCUUUUCAGGGUUACCUUACUAAAAUCACUCAAAGGUGUAGGAACACAUUAGAUAUAUGCAUAUAAAUUAUACAAUUAUAAUACCUAUAUAAAUACCCAUACACAAAAAUGUAUACAUAGGUACAAUAUAAUAUCAUUAAUAAUAUUAAAUUUUAUUUUUAAGACUUGAAUAAUUAUUUAAUACCAACUAUGUCUUAUUUACAGGCAGUUUAGCACACAGUGCUAGUGUUAGCAGUGACAUUUCUAGUCGUACCAAAAUGGAUAUUGUUUGUGUUAUAGAUGUAGUACAGACUAAUAAUUUGGCACAUCGUAGAAGAGCUUUGGAAGAAGUUAGACAAGUAUCUAUGCUGGUUAAUGCAAACUUAUCCAUUAUUUCGGUAAUAAUAUUUAUAUUUUAUAUUGAUUUUACUUAUCAUAUGAAUCUUAAAUUAACUGUAGUUUGGUUAAAUUUUAGUUUGAAAAAUUAGAUUUUUGGGAAACUGUUGAAUUAGAUACAUUUUAUAAUGCAGAUGUAGCCAUUGUAGAUUUAUCAAUACAGUUUCAACAAAGUUCAUUGUUUUAUCAUUUGGGAUUACGUGAAAGUUUUGAAAUGAAACAAAAUAUUUUGUUAUAUAAUGAUCUUGAUACUGAAGUCACAUUACGACUUAAGGUAUGUAAAUGUAAAUGUGUGUAUAAUUUUUUAUGAAUUUUUUAAAACACUAUUCACAAUACAAUUUGUUUCAGUCGUCUUGUGGUUCUUAUACAUUUAUUUCAUAUAAAUUAGCUGAUUGUGGAAAUUGUCUCACCACUAAUACUUCAUUUCAAGACGAAAACAGUACUUCAGCUUUUGAACCCAGAGUACCGAUUACAGAAAAAUUAACAAAAUUAUUGAAAGAUGUUGAAAUUCAAACCAAGUAAGAUUUUUUUUCCUCAUUUUAUGAGUAAAUAAGGUUUAAUUUUAUUAGCUAUACUUGUUAACAGAUUAAAUUUCAAAUUUUAAUUUUAAUUUUAUAUAGAGUUCAUAUUAAAGAGAAAUUUCUAUCAGAUUUAAGAAAAGCUAGAGAAACUCUUUCCGGUAAAGAGCUACAUAAUAAAUUACUUAUUAUGAGAAAGCGACUUGAUGAUCCACAUGUACUUUCUGGAGAUGUAGUUUUUAAUAUGUUGAUAUCAUUUAGAGAUCUACAGGUAAACUAACUGGCAGUUAAUUUGUAUUAAAUUAAUAAAACUAAUAUUUUUAAAUGUUCUUUUUAUUAGGACUAUGAUGCAAUGGUUCAACUUGUUGAAGAUAUACAAACUAUUCCAAAUAAAAAAAAUUAUAUUCAAACACCAGCAUUGCGAUUUUUAUAUCCUUUUGCUUUAAAUAGGUUAUUAAAAUUAACAUUUUUUCAGUUUAUAUAUUUAUUCAAUUUUUCAUACAAAUUAUUUAAAUUAUAUUUUCAGGCGUAACAAACCCGGUGAUCGAGAAAAAGCAUUGCAAGUAAUUGAACUAGCAUUGGAAAAGAAAGAAAAUCAUAUACCCGAUAUGGUUUGCUUAUGUGGUCGUAUUUAUAAAGAUAAAUUUGUGGAAUCAUCAUAUGAAGAUAAAUCUGCUCUUCAACAUGCUAUUUAUUGGUAUCGAAGAGGAUUUGAAGUACAACCAAAUGAAUAUGCUGGAAUUAAUUUAGCCACAUUAUUAGUAAUUGCUGGGAAUGAAUUUUCAAAGUCUGAAGAACUUCAACAUAUUGGUAUAUUGGAAUUAUUUUAUUUUAUUACUGGGAGAUUAAUUUAAUAGUAAUGCGUAUGAAGUAUACUUGCCUAUGUUUUGAAAAUAAGAGUUAUUUAAUAAUAGGUAUGGUUUUGAACAAUUUAAUUGGUAAGAAAGGAAGUUUACCAUCAGUUAAGAAGUACUGGACUGUAGCAACAUUUUUUGAAAUGAGUGUAUUAGCAGAGGAUUACAGUAAAGCAAUCCAAGCUGCUGAAUGUAUGUUUAAUCUAAAACCUCCAAAUUGGUUAGUUUAUGUGCUAUUAUUCAUUGUGUAUAUGUCCAUAAAGUUAAAUUUUUUGUUUUCUAUAGGUACUUAAAUUCAACAGUAGGAAAUAUUCAAUUAAUUAGUAAGUUCAGAAAGAAAAACGAAGAAAUUGAAUACACAACAGAAGAACAAAUUUUUAGUUUUUGGAUGGAUUAUUUUGUAGAAGCUACCAAAACAGAAAUUGAUGAAAGCAUUCGUUUUCCUGUGAGUAAAAUAAGUAGGAAUUGUUAUAGUUUGUAUUUUCUAAAAAAAAUGUGUGUAACCUAUGACAAUAAUUUUUAUUUUAGAUAUUAGUUUUAGAACCAUCAAAAGUUCUAUUACCUAGUUAUGUAAAUGUAAAUCUUGGUGCUGAAGACAAAUCAAUCCGCAUUUGGAAUCUAUGUAAGAAAACUAUGACUUGUAAAAAAGUCCAUGAUUGGCUGUUUGUUGCUAGUAUGAUUAGAGGUGUAAGGUAUAAAUAACUUAAAUUAGUUCUCAGUCCAUUAAAUUACGAUUAUAAUGUUAUAAUUAAAUUUUUGUUUAUUUGUAGUUUAUGCAAAAAAGAUGAACGAUGUUUAUUUUUAUAUGUACAUGAAAAUUCUAAUGAUUUUCAAAUGUAUUUUCCGUCAUCUCAGUUUCGUCAAAGGUUUUAUGAUCUUGUUUUAAAAAUGACUAAAGAUGAAGUAGGAGUGAUGACUAACCUAGAUGAAGAUUCAACAGAAGAUCAAAUUAAUGUACUUGGUUUUGUUUAUAAUGAUAUUUAUAUUUCACAUAAUCACAUACAUUUUAUUAUAGUAAUAAUCUUCAAUUUUAGUUUGAAUAUGAAUUGGAUGAUUUGCAAAAAAAAAUUGUUCUCGGUACGGGAACAUAUGGUAUUGUCUAUGCAGCCCGUGACCUUGACACACAAGUGCGUAUUGCUGUGAAAGAAGUACCAGAAAAAAAUUUAGGGUACUAAUUAAUUUUAGUUUAUUUACAAAUUAAUUAUAAUAAUGAUUAUUAAUUAUUUUAAUAAAAAUACAUUAUUUAUUUUUAGUGAUGUUCAGCCACUGCAUGAAGAAAUAAAACUCCAUUCUCAAUUACAUCAUCGAAAUAUUGUACGGUAUUUAGGAUCAUUAUCUGAAGAUGGUUUUUUUAAAAUAUUUAUGGAACAAGUACCAGGAGGUUUGUUACCACUUGUUGGUGAUAAAUUUUACUAAAAGAAUAUUAAAUAAAAUAUUAAAAAUAUUCAAUAUUUUAGGAAGUCUUUCUGCUUUAUUACGUUCAAAAUGGGGUCCACUUAAAGAAAAUGAAUCUACUAUUUCAUUUUAUACUAAACAGAUUUUAGAAGGAUUAAAAUAUUUACAUGAUCAAAAAAUUGUACACCGUGAUAUAAAAGGUGAUAAUGUCUUGGUUAAUACCUACAGUGGUGUAGUGAAAAUAUCUGAUUUUGGGACAUCUAAACGUCUUGCUGGAUUGUGUGUUAGUACUGGAACUUUUACAGGCACAUUGCAGUAUAUGGCACCUGAAGUAAUUGAUAAAGGACAAAGGGAAUAUGGUGCACCAGUAUGUUCAAGGUUUCAGUAAAUAAAAAAAAAAUAUAAUUGUUAAUUAUGUUAAUUUUUGGAUAGGCUGAUAUAUGGUCAUUAGGAUGUACAGUUGUAGAAAUGGCAACUGGUAAACCACCAUUUAUAGAACUCGGAUCAGCAGAAGCAGCAGUUUUUAAAGUUGGUUUUUAUAAAAUUCAUCCAGAUAUACCAGUUGAACUCAGCGAACGAGCUAAAAAUUUCAUAUUACGCUGUUUCACUGUUGAUCCAGAUCAACGAGCAACAGCUACAGACUUACUAGAUGAUUUAUUUAUGUUUGAGUAUGUACACUUAAUUAUAAAUAUAAAAUAAUCGAUUGGUAUCCUAAAUAAUAUAAUAAUACUUUUGUGCAAUUUUAGAAAGAAGAAAACGUCCAAAGCAUUGACUGCUCUUCUUGAACGUAGUGUAUCUGUACCUGCGGAGAAGGGUUUGAAACCCAAUCAAGUAUCUAUUGAUCAAGAACAUAUUGAACAUAAUGAAAAUCCUAACAAACAACGAGUAUUGAAAGAAGACAGGUAAAUAAAUCAAGAUAUUUAUAUCUGUAUUCCAAUAGCAACAAUUAGUUUGAUUACUAAAUAUUAAUACUCUAAACAUUUUUUGAUGGUUGAGGUUUUAAGCAUGUUAUUUCUAUAAUUUAAUAAUUGAUUUUAAUUUAAUAGUUUUUUAAUGUCUAUUAAUUUAUAAGUAGAACAUAGAUUUGUAUAUACUUAAAAGUAUCAAAAUAUGUCAUAAUAUGUAGUAAAAACUAAAAAUUGUAUUAGGUAUAAAAAAAAAGUAUAAAUGCAUAAAGAAUUCAUGGUAAAUAAAUACAUAUAUAUUUCUGUUUAAAAAUAAAAUAGAAUACAAUACUCAAAAUUGAUAGGUUUCGUUUAGUUGAACCUCUUUUCCUAAUAAUAUUUUAUUCAUUUGGCUUUAUCAAGUUCUUUAAUAACACAUUUUGCAUCUUCUGCGAGCUUUUCAAUUGUCUACCUAUUUGAAUUUUAUAAAAUAUUCCUUGUACCUUAUAUUAAGCAGCGUCUAUCUAUAUCCCUUACAUUAUAAUUGUUGCGGUGAGAGUUAAAGGUAUAUUUUCCAUUUCAUCUCUGAAAAUUGUAAUUCUGUUGGAUGAUUUUAAAAAUAUUUUUCAUCGACAAAAAUUGUCAGCACAGUGAUAAUUAGAUAAAAGUUUCACUUUAUAGCUUGCAAAUAUUAUAAAAUUAAAUUUAUUUCAUUGAUAAUGAUGAGAUUACAGUCGGUGAGCUAUUUCUUUUAAAAUGAUGAGAUUAUCUCCACUAUUUUUAAUGAAUAUAUAAUACAUAUUUUAAAUUUAGAUGGCUUUGUCGCUAUCUAAUUGACAUUUUUUCGUGACAACACAUUGAAAUAUGUAAUGAAUAUGCAUUUACGAUCAAAUAUGCAAAACAAAAUUUUAGGAGUGAAUUUCAAUUAGUAUGAUUUCUAAAGAUUACUGACAAAAAUUGAAAAAGACAAACAUACCUUGUACAUGUGUGCAGCCAUUAUUAUAGGUGGGAUAUUGGAAAGGUAGGAUACAGAAUGUUUUAAUGUAUAUCUGUAAGCAACAAUAAACCAUUGCUAACAAAAAAAUGAUUCUAAGCACAGUUUAGUUGAUGGUGAUGCUUUGUCAACAAUAUAUAUGUCAUAUUAUGAUAAGAUAAUUUAAUAUGCAUUAUUUAUUUUUUUUAUAAUAAUUGUUUAAUAUUGUACCAAUUUCCCCGGUUUUUCUUAUUUGCUGGGAAAAUCAAAAAAUGACCUCUCUAAAGUACCUGCCCAGUCAGAUUUCCUUUCAGGAAAAGUGCUAUCAUUGUAAAUCUGAUCAAAAUUGCUGGUAGAAUAGUUAUUCACUGGAAAAAAGAAAGCCAUUAUAUUUGUUGACUAUACCUACAUUUCGUACAUUUUUCCAUUUAUUCUUAGUUUUUUUUUUUUUCGAUUUUUCACAUUUUAUGAGAAAAUUGAAAAAUUACCUUCCUAAAGUAUUACCCCAAAAAAUUUCCUUUCAGAAAAUGGUAUACAUUGAAGUAACCUUAUUGAUAGAAUAAGUAUUCACAAAAAAUAAAUAUUUUUGUAAAACCAAUACAUUCUUCACUGUGUUCAGAAUCUAAAAUGUGAAAAGGAAGAAAAUAUACAAAAACAUACAAAUCCGUGCUGUAUUUAUAAGUAUACAGUGUUUAUUAAUAACGUAAAUUAUUAUUGAAAAAUAUAAGUUCAUAAAUAAAUCUGUAGCUUUUAAUAAAAUUAAAUUAAUGUAAUAUUAUUUUUACUAAUUAUUGAUUUAUUUAAUUGAAUUUAAAACUAUUAUAGUCCAUUAAUAUUAUUUUAUAUAUCAUAAACCAAUAAUAAUUCUUAAAAGUCAGUUUUCUGUUCACUGCAAUUAAUAUUAAUGAUUAAUUGUUCAAAUUGCUUAUCCUGUUAUGAAUAAAAUGUGUGCUUUAAAAUGAAAUUAAAGGUACUUAAUUUUGAUAAUUUUAUUGACUUAUAAAGUUAGAAUAUUUAUUUUACUUCUCUGGUCUAAACUUUAAACUAUUAUAACUCAUAAAUGAUAAAUCUGAUAUUAGUGUUAUGCAUAUCAAAAUUUCUAGAAAAAUAUUCUGUAUUAAAAUUGGAGUUCAAAAAGGGAAGUUUCUUUAUGAAAAUCAAUAGUAUGUACUUAUUUAAGGUACACGGAGUAGUGGUAAAAAAUGAAAAAUGGUUUUAAAAUAAAGCUGAAUCAAUUCCAUAAUGAUUAGAAAAAACAAAAAUCAAAUUCACUUAAAAAAACUUUGAGAUAAUUGUUGGUUCAUGAUAAAAAAAAUCACUCUAUAUAACAUAAUUAUUGUUAUUAUUAAUUAUUUAUUUUCGAAUUUGAUUAAAAAUUAUCAAUACAAAUGUGCCAAUAAUGUCAGAUCAAGAAUAAAAACUAACAAAUAUACAUCGCACGAUGGGGGGGGCAUUGUUGUAGGUGAGAAGUUGGGAAGGUAAAGGGGAAAUUGAAUGUAAACCUAUACACGAUUCAUCAUUGGUAACAAAAAACGUAAGGCAGCGUUCAAUUAUACAUGUUUUGAAAGACUGUAAUAUUUAAGAUUUGAAAAUCAAACAAUUUGUAAAUUUUCCCAUUUUUUCCCACUAAUUAUGAAAACCCCUGGGAAAAUCAAAAAAAAAUAUCUUCCCAAAGGACCAUCACAGUAAAAUUUUCUUUCACUUUAAAUUCCACACUUAAAGUAACAUUUCUAGUAUAAAAGUUGUUAACACAAAAAAAAAAUGCGUCCUAUGAUAAUGGGAAUGGGUGCAGCCAAUGUAAUUUAAUGUAUACCUGUAACCAAAGAUAAACUGUUCUUUAUGAAAAAACGAUUCUGAGCAAGGUUCAUUUGAUAGUGAUGCUUUGUCAGCAAUAUAUGUGCCAUAUUAUAGUAAAAUCAUUAAAUAGACUUCAUAUAUUUUCUUUAAUAAAAUUUGUUUAAUGUACCGAUUUUUCUAGUUUUUCACAUUUGUUGGGAAACUCUUGGGAAAAUCAAAAAAUUACCUCUCUAAAGUACCUCCCCAGUCAAAUUUCUUUUCAGAUAAAUUGCUACUAUAAAUAAGAACAAAUUUGCUCAUAAAAAAAGUUGAGUACAGAUAUGAAAAAAAAAAACAACUUUGUAAAACCAUAAGUUUUUUUGCUCCACUCAGAAUCUAAGAUAUGUAAAACCAAUACAUUCCUUGCUCCGCUCAGAAUUCAAAAAGUGUUUAAGUAAUAAUUAUUAAACUUAAAUGUUUUGUGGUUUAUGUUUUUAAGCUGUGUGCAUAUUGGUUUAUGGGAUAUUUUUAGUAACUGACAAUUUUGUAGAGUACCUAUAUAUUUUUUAUGAAUUCAUUUUUUUAAUAAUAAACAUUUUAAUUUCAAUGAUAUUUUUGUUUUACUCGUUUUAAUGUAAAUGAUUUAUUACAAAAAAAAACAACAAAUUUUCAUAUAAUUAUGUCAUUAUUUCUAUUACGUAUAGCUAUAAUGUGAUCAAAUAAUUAAUUUAAUCAUUAGUGUCCACUAUUAUUGAAUGGCGUAAAUAAUAUAAUAUUUGCAUUACAUAUAUAACGUUGCUAAUGAUAAACGCAUAAAAAAAAAUGCUUCAGAUUUAUGCUACUAAUGUGUUACUUAGUGAGGGCGCUUACAUUGGAGUGUGUUUGUAUACAGCUGGUUAACAAUAUCCCAACCUGAAAAGAUCAAACAAAAUCAGUUCCUUUCUUCCAUCAGUUUACCAGAUAUGCAGUACUCUUUCAACAGGUAUAUUUUUUGAUUUGUUAUAUAGAAUAUAACAUUAUGUUAUGGUGUAAUAACUAAUGAAGCAUAUAUUAUAUUCAUUUAUAUAUAUUUUAUAAUGUGGUAAAAUCGCUAUAUAAGGGGUUUUUUUUUUAUAGUUUAGAUGGGCAAAAAAAUAAUCGACGGCAGUCUUCGGGGACAUUAUUGUCACCUGAAAUUGACAUGAGUACAGCAGGCAGUACUGCUGAAGCAGAACAUGAUGGUUUUUUCAUGCUAAAAAAGGACUCUCAGCGAAGGACCACAUUGGCUAAAGUACUGGCUCAUGACCAGUCUACUCUAGGCAAGAUUUGGCUGUCAUCCAUACGCCGGGAGUUUGGUCAGUCCAUGUUGGCCAACGAACAUUUGGAAAUGUUAAUGAUGGGUCUCCGAGAUUACAUCACAAACCAGAAUAGGACCGUUGUCGAGCAAACUAUAUAUAGUCUCAAAGAGAAAUUAAACUUUGACUUGGAAGCCAUGCAUCAGCUACACAUCUCAUUAUGCUUUUUCCAAAAAGCGGUGAGUUAUAUGGUCUAUUAUUCUAUUAGACAGAUUUUUAAAAUUGAUCAAUUGCAUACGGAACUUGACCUAUAUUAUAAUUUUCACACACAAUUCAGAAGCACCGCCAAUUAUAAUGACCGUAUUCAAAAAAUAUACUGUAUUUUUGCUCUUCUUUAAAUUUGUGGUUAUUUUUUUUGUUAUUAGGCCAAAUGCCAAAUUUUGUGUAGGUCUUAUGUUUUAUUAUUUCUUUAAAUAAAAUAUGUAAUAAUGAAAAAAGUACUUCACACCAUGGGUUAGGUUAUAUUGGACAAUUUAAUUUAUAUCUGUACACAAUGAUAAAUCAUUUGAACUAAAAUUGUAUUAGUUUAUAACUAUGAAAUUGUCUACUUUUUUUUAUUUAUCAUUUUUGUAAAAUUAAAGAGUAUAAUCCAUAUAAAUCAGAUGAUAGUACGCAAAAUUCUAUUAUUUUUCAAAUUGUCAUCAAAAUUUGAAUUUUAAAUACUUAAAAAAAAUUAUAAAGUUUUGUCUACUCAAAUGUAAUAAAACGAUGAACAUAGAUAACACAGUUCGCAGGUAACAAAUCACCAUAUUUAUAACAAACUAGCAAUCCAUAAAUUGUUGAUAUUUUGGUGAAAAAUCAAAGGAUGAUAAACAUAGGAAUGUAACAAGCGUAAGAAAAAAUGUAUUUACUAAUUUUAUAUUUUUUUAUUUUUUAAAAAUUAAUGCCUAUCAAUUGUUGAAAUGACUAUUUGUAACUUGUGUUGUCUAAUAUUCAGCUGAUAUUUAUAUUCCAAAUUACAAUGUAAAUUUUAUACCAUUUUAAAUAUACGCAGCAGCAGCUAUUUGAAUGGUUAUUUGUAUCAUUUGUAUUUGUAUUCUGACGCUGUAAGUUACACCAAAGUUUUCAUGAAAAAUUCAAAUAUUAUAUAUUACAUGUUUUAAUUUCUGAUGUAACAGUUCAUCAAGUGUUCCGUGUUGCAUGUUCGUUGUUUUAUUACACUAUUAUGUACACGCUAAAAUUAUAGAUUUUUAAUACUUUUAUUGUGCCAUUAAAACAUUAAAAUUUACAUAUGUUGUAACAAACCAUAUUUUGGGAGAGGGGUGAUGAUAAAGACGUACCUUUCUAAACUAGACUGUAACUCAAAAGUUAUCCAAUCAAAUUGAACUAUUUAUUUUAACUUUUUCGAUAGUUUCUGUACUUAAAACAAUGUUGAAAAUUAAUAUAUUAAUAUAUAAACAUAAUUUAAAAAAAAAAAAAAUGUAUUAGUAAUUAUAAUCUAAAUGUAUUUUGCAGAUAUAAUUAUUUGAUUUAACUAUAUAUUAUUGAUAAACAAAUUUUAAUUACAUAAUUUAAGAAAUAAGGGAAAUUAUGGAACAUACGGAAUGGAUAAUUAAAAAAUAUGGGACAAGUGUUGUUUAGAACAUUUGGUCUUGACAAUCCUGUAUAAUACAGGAUGUAUAGAAUCCUUAACAUAAAAAAAAUUAUAAACUAAAAGAACUCACAAAUUAUUUUAUUAAGUUAUCUAUAAAUAAUUCUAAAUAUUUCACAAUUUUUAAAAUCGCACUACUUAUUAAAAAAUACUAAUUAAAUAUUCUGUAAAUGUUAGUUUAUGAUUAUUUUGUGAAUUCCAAUAAAUAGUCAAAAUCAAAAAAUUUAAAAAAACCUACAAGGAAAAUAAAAAUUACCUAACUGCACCAACUACAUAAAAUUAUCAAUCAAAAACCAAAAAAUUGAUGACUGAAGUAAGAUUUCUGGAAGAAAACUGUUUUUAGAUAGCACAUAUAAUUUUAUGACAGAUAUAUUCCUUUUUAUUCCAAGCACAAAAGUUCCGCAAAGAUGGGGAGUCACCCAAUUCGACCAAAUUUAUUUUUCAUUAAAUUAUUUAUUUUAGCCUCCUAUAAUACUGUACCCAAAUAACAACCUGUGUACUGUACCUAUAAUAAAUAAUCAAACUUGAAGUGUCACUAAUGGGUCACUUCUUUAAUCAACUUCUUUCUUACAUUUAUGUAUGUCAUAAUAUCAAAUAUUCUUACUAUGCUAUUAGUGUAUAGAUGGUUUAUCGCAAAAUAAAAAUUUAAACAAAACAUCUGCUUUGUUUUGCUCACCCACCCAAAUUCUUAUGGAACUGUGGUUUCUCAAAAACAUUGUUAAAAUGCCGAGCCUAAAUCAUAAACGUUCCACUUUUUCAGGCUAAAUCCGUUCUUAGGUUGCGUAACAUCAAGCCUCAUUGGAUGUUUGCCCUAGACAACUUGGUACACAGUGCUGUGCAAGCAGCAAUUACAGUUCUAAAACCUGGUGAGUACCUACUAUACAGAAUUAUAAAUUUACGAGUAACAAUAAUUUGGUGUUUUUUUUUUAUGAAAUUUUUAAUAAUUUAAAGUAACUAAAUUCCUGUAUUAUAUAGAAUUUGAAGAACCCAAACCGGAUAGCAGCAUUUUCUCCAAUGACACAAAAAAUAGUUUACCUUCAUAUGACUCGUCAGUAAAGUCCCACAAGACCGAUGACAGUAGCUGUUGUUCCUCAGAAAGUCCGUCUUUGAUGAAGGGUAAACACGAGCUGCACAGACGCACGCUGGUAUUGCAGACAGAAAAUCACAGGUAUUUACAAAUGUUUUCCCAUUUCCCCAUAUUUAUACAAAAGACAUAUACCAAAAACCAUUAUUUUUCAAUGAGUGACAUAAAUGGUUUAUUUAAUAGUUAAAUCAAUAAUUCCUUCCUUGUCAUAUUCUAAACACUUGCUCACAUUAUUAUUAUUUAUUGGUACACAAAUUAUAUAAUGGUAGAUGUGUCAAUAUACCUAGUGAUAAAUUACUGUACGUUAUAGUUACACUAUUAAAUGGUAGGUUAGGACCACUAAAUUAUUGUUAUUAAUUGUAGAUGUAGUUUUUAUUAUUUUAAAUAAUUUCUGUAUUAACAAAUUGUGUAUUUAAUAAAAAAAUAUUUAGAUGGUUGAUAACUCUAGCUCAAUACAGAAAAGCAGAAAUUUGGGAAAAUGUCAUCCAAUAUGGAAUAACAGUGAUUACUGAUUAUUGGAUGUUUGAGAGACAAUAUUAUAAACUCAUAAUUAAAAUAUGUACUUUUUCACAAAUGUUUAAUUUAUUGUAUUGUAUUUAAUUAUUUUAUUAUAAUAGUGUAGCCAGGAUUUCUUAUUUGUGGAACAGAUACAAAAUUGUUAAGUUUCAUAAUUACAUUUAAAAAUAAACUACUUAUUUAAUUUGUUGAAAUAUGAUAAACCUAUAAAGGUCCAUAUUACUGUAUAUAUAUUACUGUAUUAUUAAUAUAUUAAUAUAAUAUAUAUAUAUAUAUAUUAUAUUAUUAUAUUAUAUAUUAUUAUUAUAUUAAUAUAAUAAUAUUAGUAAUAUAUUAGUAUAUAUAUUACUGUAAAGGCAAAAUCUAUAAUUUCAACAUUUGUAUCAGCAAUGGUAUGGUGACAAAACUUAGACCUUGACGUACUUAUGAAAGAAAAAAAAUGAAUACAAAUUGUUAAAUCACUUAGAAUCAAUUUGAGGGCUGACACAAUUGCUUUAGGCAAACACCGGUCACCACACCACUGUGUAUCGGUUAUUAAUAUUUGGACUUUGUAUAUUUAUCAUAAUUUGAAUUAAUAUAUGUGUCAAUAUCAGUUAAUAAUAAUUAUGCAAUUUUGUUAUUUUUAUUAAAAAGGCAAAUAGCAAAUAAAUAUUUAUUAAAACCCAAUAAAAUAUGCAUUUAUACAUUCCAUUUUUUGUUUUUAGACUACAAGAAGAAUUAUUCGAAAGUCAAAAAUUGUACAACAGUUUGCUCAAAAAAAAACUGGAAGAUCAAAAAGGUCAAACAAUCCUCUUACAGUCAAUGAUUGAACAAAAUAUUGCAAUGUGCUGCAACUGUUGUCUUAAAUACAUACAUUUUGACUAUGAAAAAAGUUCAAAUGCUAAAGAUCUUAUUGAAUGGCUUCGUGGCAUCGGCAUAGAUGAACACUCAAUAAAAAAGGUAUCUUAAAAAAAAAAAAAAAAAGCAUUAUAAUAAAAUGCCAUAGCUUUUAAAUAUAUAUUUUCAACUUUAUAUUAAUAUAUUUGCUUUUUCACAGUUAGUUUACGAACAGUUUGAGUUGAACCAACUACAACAGGAUGUAACCAGAGAAGAUUUAAGAAAUCUCGGCUUGAAGUAAAUUAUUACAAUUAUUUUUUUUUAUAAAAAUUGUUUAUACUUACAUAAUUUAAAUAUUUAAAAUACAACCUAUUCAAAUUCAUUUAUCCCUUUAAGCAAGCUUGUGGUAGGAUAAAUGAAUUAUUACAAUUUGCAAAAUUUAAGUUAACAUUUAAAAUUUUUGAACUAUUUACAUUAUUACUGUUUAUUAUACACUACUUACAGAAUAAAUUCUAUGAUAAUAAUUGGGCAUUCAAUCAAUUAAAAAACUCAACACUUAUAAUAAUAUUGUUAGUUGAAGAAAUUUUGCUGAUGAUCACUAAAUAUAAUAUUGACCUAUAGGAAUCAUAAAAAUAUUAUUGUGUUAUUGUUGUUGUCCGGAUCCUAAAAGUUAUCAAUUUUUAAAUACAACAAAACUUUUUAAACAUUUUGUUCUUAAGUUUGAUUUGAGAAUUAAAAUGAUUUAAUAUCUUAUUAAUAUAGACGGGGCGUAGAGCUAAGACUGUGGAUUGAAAUUGAACGAUACAGGGCAUUAUCCAGUAGACCGGUAUCAUCAAUUAUGUCACCAAAUUCUACAAAUAAUUCUUCCGAGGGCCUACUACAUCUGAUGAGGAGCAAUUGUUGUGUUAAUAACAUCAAUAAAUAUAUGUAGAAUAUGUAGGAAUUUACAAUAUGAUAGUUAUUAGUUACCACCAUAUCUAUUUAUGUAAUUAUUAUUAUAUUUUUUAUACCAUGUGUAAUUUAUUUUUUUUUUUCUAAACAAAAUUAUUACUUGUUAUUUAAUUUAUAUUUAAUUGAUUUGUAUAUAUGUAUGGAAAAAUUAGCAAACAAAAUUAUUAUUACUUUUGGUCAGGAUAUUUGUUUGUCUAUAUGUUUAUACAGGUAUAUUUUACCCUUUGUAUUUUUAUCCUUUUAAAAAUAAUUUCAUUUUUCUAUGUUUGUG